AUGACAGAUCCUCUCAAGAGUUUGGAUAGAAUUAGCACUCUUCCUCAAGACGCAAUUGAUUUAAUUCUGUCUCUCAUGCCUAUCCAAGAUGCAUUGAGAACAAGUGUGUUGUCAAGAAAAUGGAGGGGCCCAAUAUUGGAAUUCUGUAUCAUUCUCUAUGUUGAUAAAAAUAUUUUUAGUGAGAUUGAUCAGAUGAUACUUCAUUUUUCAAGGAGCAAUAAUAUCAAGAAAUUCACCUUCCUGAUUUGUGGUGCAUUCUACUUGCUACCCUGUUCGUUCUUUUCAUUGCAAGGAUUAGAGCACCUAGAUCUCACACAUUGUGAAUUUGAGCUUCCAUUAAUGAAUAAGGGAUUUAGUAGGUUGAAGAGCCUACGUCUUUUCGAGGUCAAUAUCACUAACAAGAUGCUUUUUCAAUUCCUUACCAAUUGCCCCCUACUUGAGGAAUUUACUUGGGCUAGAGGUUAUUAUACAAACACAAAGCUUAGUGAGUGUGAAUUUGUUGAGCUAUUUAAGUGUUUACCUUUGGUUCAGGUUCUGAAAAUCUCACAGUUGUAUAUCGAGCACUUGGGUGCAGGUAGUAAUAGUAUGCCACAUAAGCUCCCCAUUUCACUACCCCACUUGAGAAUACUUGUUCUUAAUGUGUGUUUCCUUGAUCUUUCGACUGUUCUAUGUGUGAUCAGCAGCUCUCCAAAUUUGGAGAAGAUCAAAGUGGAGAUGUGUUGGGACCAUGAUGAGCAUUGUCUUCAACAUACUUUUAUGAACUUGCCUGAUAUUCAAGAAUAUUCGGGCCUCAACUUGGAUCAUCUUAAAGAAUUGGAGAUCACAAGCUUCCAUAACCAUGGUCUUGAGAUGGAGUUUGUGAAGCUCAUCAUGGGUAAGUCACAUGUGCUAAAGAAAGCACGGAUAGAGCUUCAUUAUCGUGUUUCUGUUAAUGAAGAAGUAAAGAUGCUUCGAGGUUUGGUGCACAUGCCAUUUCCACGUGCAUCGCCAGCAGCGGGCUUCACCAUUAAACGCUAUAAUGAGAUUGAUUUACUGUAAUUCUGUAAAUGCAAAGAAAGUUUAAGUAAUAUUAGGUUGAUAUGAGCAAUAUUUGCAUUGGAUAUUUUAGGUAAUUGUUUGUAUAAAAGCCCGCUUUUUUCGGUCA